CAGAGGCACUGUGGAUAAAGUAUGCGCUGCAUUGGACCAAAAUAGAUCCGUGUGAUGCUUUUUAUUUAAAGCACUGAACUUUCCAACUCGAUCACAUUUGGACUUUCCGGUUGCUUGGCUUUCAAAGUUCCAGAUAAUGGGCAGAAUAAUGCCGGAGGCACGCCAAGGAUGUCUCAGAUACGAUAUCCAGCCUCCAAGAAAGUACACAAGCACUCCACUGAAUGCGCCAUAUGGAAUCGAUGUGAAUGGGAGCACGUGGAAGAGAAAUAGCCAGAGUUCUCGUAAAGACGAUCCACCUCCUGAUAAUGAGCAUUCAGUGAGUCGAAGGACCAAAAGCUGUCGCCUCAUAUCCUGUUGCUGUAUGCGCCACUCCACCCACACGGUGGACAGCGAAGUUAUCCAAUUGCAAGCAGAGCCUUCUUCCAGCAAAGGAAACUACCCAGUGUCCAACCAACUGCCUCCCCGAAAGCAAUCCAGCUCCCUGCCCACCACUCCCCAACUGGGCCAGCGAGUGGUGCGAGGACGAGGCUACAAGAAACUUUCCUGGAAUGAGGAUCAGCCCCGGGGGCGAGGCGAAGCACCCUCAAUGUUUACCCAGGGCCAGGAGUUCAGGGCCAAGCCGCAGUCACUCACUUACCAGCAUCUCAAGCACAACAAUAUCAGCCAUAAUAAUAACAAUGAGGACGACUACGAUCCCAUUGCCAAAUACUUUGCCAACUCGCAACACACGCAGCAGCAGAAACAGCAGCAGCAUCAGCAGAAUCAGAAUCAGAAUCAAAAUCAGCAACAUCGAAAGCUAUCUCCUGGCGACGGAGGUGCGAAAAGCUCACGGAUUCUCUGCGAGAAUUGCUGCGGCGAGAGGCAUCAACAAGUUGGCAGCGCCAUGGACCGCCACGAGCAACAACGGCAGAAGCAACAACUGCCGUUUGGGGACUUCGAUUCAGUGUCCGAUUUGUCGUCGUUUCGCUUUGUCUUCGAUGGGGAGGAAGUCGAUUUCGGGAGGCGUGUAUUAGUCGAUGCUCAUUAUGAGGAUGCCGCUGACGAUGACGAUGACGUUGCGCGGCGGCCGUUUAUAGAAUUAGAAAAGCGGGAGCCAAAUACAUCAACAACAACAGCAGCCACGAAAACGGAAAAAUCAACAGAGGCAGCAACAGCAACAGAAACAGCAGCAGCAGCACCACCAAGAGGAAAAGCAGCAACAGCAGUGGAAGACGCGUCAUCGCCAGUGUUGUCCCUGUCAUCUGAAAUCAGCGACGAGUCACCAGCAAUUUGUUGUUAUACAAUUGACAAAAAACUGUCACAGCAGCAACACCAACAGCAGCAAUCGCAACAGCAGCAACAGCCAAACUUUCAGACAGGAUUGCAACAUUACAACUCCUGUGCCACAGUUAGCUAUCGCAGCUAUCGCUGUCCCCCGCCAGUUCCUCCCAAGCCGCGUUCUGGCCAGGACUCCUCCAAUUGCGACGAGCCAGCCCUGAAAACCCGUCGCCUGGGUUGUCAGCCAAAGACCCGCGUUUACCCGGAGAGUGUGAGAUCAGUGUGUCCGCCGUAUGCCUUCGAUAGUACCUACAUUAAUAACAACAACUAUAACUGCAAAUUUGAUUCGUUGCGGGGACAACGAUUCCUCUUUUACGACCGCCAUGGACGUCUAACUUUCGAUUCGGAACCGGAACCGGAAGUGGAACUGAGUGGGAAAAGCAUCCAUUCACCCACGAAUGGAGUGCACAAGUCACUUAGUGAAUCGCGUUUGCAUGGCCAUGGAUACACGAAUCCUGAAUAUUUCUCAGUUGAUCCUAACGUUCCCUAUGAUCCGUAUACCGAUCUGUCGCGAGUGACCGCCAAUAUAAUAUACCCGGAGCUAGCCAAUCGGGAAAGUUCGUUUUCAUUACCGCUAAAGAAUGCUUCCAACCAAGUAAACCCCAUUACGAGUCACAAUCGAAACCCAAUCCAAUCCCAAAUCCAAGUUAAGCGAACCAACCUACUCCCGCCCUGUCACUGCAACUCCCAUGUGGAUGCUCCAUUCGAAAUUAACAAGGAGAACGGGCACACAAUGGAGAAACGACGUAAUACCCUGGACCGCUUUCAGCGCCUCGGAUUCGGGCGUAAAUCAUCACCAGCGGCCACCGCUGCCUCAGCCUCCUCCUCGUCCUCCUCGCCAUCCGCAUCCGGUCCGGAGAAGCAGCGCAAGACAUCGGAGCGUUCCGAGCGCCUUCGUGAGCUGACAGAACUAUUGCGUGGUAGCAGCGGGGGAGGUGGCGGCGGCAGCUCCCGUGCCUCCUCCACGCCAACUCCGCCCCCGCCGCCUCCGCCGCCGGUCCCGCCACCACGAAAGCCCCGCAACUCGAAUCUGGAGCGUCAGGACACGGGCGCCAGCCAAACCUCGGAGUCGGAUGUGGGCAGUGGCCAUCACCUGAGAGCCAACGAAGACACCAACCGCCACAGCGGGGGCAGUAGUGGUGGUGGCAGCACCAUCAGCACCGCCGCCCGCUUGUUUGCCUCUCUGCGGCCCAACACGAGUCUCUCCAACCUGGAGGCCUUUAUGAGCAACCGCGAGAAGUCAAAGUCCCCGCCCCCACCUGCGCAGCAGCGACCUGCGGCUUCGGCUGCGUCUUCGACUUUGACUGCGGGAAGAUACGCAGAUGCCACUGGCAGUGGCAGUUUCGAGAGCACGCAGCCAACAUCGCGCGGCGCACACAAAGUAGUUCCAUUUCGCUCCGUUUCUUUUUCGCAGAUCGACUGCAAAUCCACGCUAAGUGCCCUGAGGGAUCGCCUGAGGCGCGACAAGGCCAUCGAGGCACCCAGUCCCAGUCCCACACACUCCAAGGAGGACGAAUCUCCCGCUCCGAAUCCCGAUCCCGGCUGGGUGCACAUACCCCUAAGGAAGACCGAACUCAAUAUCAACCUGAAUUACGGGCAGGAGAAGUCGAUCGACCACGACGCCAUUCAGGAGGAGGACAUCUUUAGCUCGGAGUUGGCGGCCAGUGGUGGCUCGGGGAUCCUCUACCCGGCCACUGCCACUGCCAGCAGCGUGAUAGCGGCCCAUGCCACCAUGGAGUCCCUGACGGACACGAUCCAGUCGGAGACUGAUUGCCUGAUCAAGGAGGAAGUGCAGCACGUUCAACCCGUACUGGAGAUCACACCGCCGGCCUCGACGAUCAGCGAGGGCAGUGCUCCCAACUUGGCCACUCUGAUGGAGGAACAAGUCCCCCUGGAGGCGCCGCCAGACAACUUCCUGCAGACGGCAACCACUUGCGAGAUUCCAGUACCUGUUUACGAGUGCGCCGCUCAGGAGUGGCUAGAGACUCCAGCGCAGGAGUGGGUGGAAGUAGCUCCCGAGGAGUUUGGAAUCGUGCCGGAAACGAUUCAGCCUCCGCUGCCUCAUGCCGCCUGCAAGGUCUCCCAGACACAGUCCACUCUCACCACGGCUGUGAGGAGCGAUUUGGUGCCCACCAUCUCAGUGAGCCGGUCCUCCGAGGAGGGCGAUGAACUGGCCAAGAUUGAGGAUCUGCCGCAUGUGGAGGUGGCCACCACGGCCAGGAACACAUCUGUGGAGCAGCACAGCAAGCAAUACAGCCAGGAUGAUUUGGAAUUGACAAAUGUGGAGCUGCGCAGUUCCUUGGAGGCCAUCCCCACUCCGCGACACAGCACGGAUGAAAGACAGCGACGGCACAUGGAUAGGUCCACGAAACGCAAGGGCAUGUACAUCGACAAUGCGGACUGGCAGGCUCCCUCGGAAUCGCCUUCUCGUGGCCUGGCCUUAGACAUCAGUGUCGCUAACCAAAAUGCCAUUAAACCGGAAUCUCCGGAUGCCUCCACCGCAUCCGGACCAUCACAAAUGUACAUCAACAGUCCCAUGAGCUUUGAGUUGAAUACUCCGGAACUGGAGAAGAGUUCGCCGUCGUGGGGCAGUGGAGGAUUGGGCCGUGACAAGGCCCAGUUGCUGAGUAACUUCAGUUGCCAGAGCAGCGAGGAGAAGGACGAUGCCUCCACAAGGAGCUUCAGUUUCCUGCGCGCCGAUUCCACCUCCGACAACGAGUGCGAUCGAGCGGCCAGGGAGCGGGAAAGAGAAAGGAUCUCCGCCAGUCCGACGCCCAGCGGCGGGGACUACGAUUACAAGCGGUUCUCCAAGCGUCCACUCCGGGGUCCUUACGGCCAGAUGCUCGAGGCGGAGAUGAAGAAACCCAACAGGAUGCAUUUCGAAGAGAUACUCGAAGAGCUGCGCGAAACGGAUGGCUUGCAUCAACGAAGUGCCGCUGCCGGAGGGGCCAGUGGAGGAGGUGGUGGUUCUCGGAAUUUGCCGCAGUACUCCAACUCCAUGAGAGUUCGCAAGACCAACACCUUCCUCCCGGUGCCCUCCCAUGCCCGUGCAGCUUCAACGCCCUCGCAACUAGAGCACAGCAAGACCAUUACUGCAGACACGGCCCAGAUCUCCGCUUCUGCCAAGAAUCUCAACGAGGCGGAGCUGGAUGAGUUGCACCACAUGAAGCGGGCCGCCUCCGAGGCACCUGCCCCCAAGACGCACCACAGCAAGCGCAGCCAGUCGAUGAGCACCGAGCGGCCCAGUAUCCACCACCAUCACGGACAUAGUCACAGCCACAGUCACGGUCACGGGCACAGUCACCAUCAUCACGGAGCCAAAUCGAACGACAAGGCAUCGAAGGCAGCUCCUCCCAGUGGCCGAGGAUCGGCAGCGACUGGACCAGCGCCUGUCCAGGCUAAUCUGAAGCCAACACCAGCACUCUUGGCUGAGUUACUUAAAGGAUCCAGCGAAAACAUGAUCUCCGAGCAAAGGAAAAAGACUAUAGCGGACACACGUACCUAUGUGGUCCAGGAGAUCUAUAAAAACGAACAGUCCUACGUGGAGUCUCUUCAGACCGUUGUGGUCAAGUAUCUGAAAGUUCUCAAGGCCCCUGAACAUGCCGGCAUGAUCGAUACCCGCACUGUUGAUGAAAUCUUCUUCAUGGUUCCCGAUAUCCUGGAAAUACACGAGAAGUUCUUGGGGGACUUGAAGAAUCGGUUGGAUGACUGGGAUACGACGCAAAAAGUGGGGGAUGCUUUCAUGGAAACGUUCUCAAAGCUGGAGGUCCUGGAAGUCUAUACAUCCUUUGUGAAUAACUGUAAUAGGGCCAAGAACGCCAUUCGUUCUAUGAAGCACCAGCGUCCCUCGUUUGCCAAAUUUUUGGAGUCCACGUCUCGAGAGCAUAAGGGCAAGCUAACCCUGGACAAUUUGCUCAUCAAACCAGUGCAGAAGUUUCCCAACUAUGAACUGCUCUUCAAUCGCUUGAUCAAGCACACGGAUCAUGAUCAUCCAGAUACAAAACACCUUCAGGAUGUCCUGAAACUGGUCCACGACAUACUGGUCCACAUAAAUUGCAAGGAGCGGGAGAUCAUGGAGAAUGGCCAGCGAGAGGCCACAUUGCGGGAGCUAGAGGGCGUCAUCGAGGGUAUCACCGAUUUGAUUGCACCUGACCGACAAUUCCUGAUGUUCGACUUGGUCUCCAUGCCAUCGGGACAGGGGGCACGCAAGGAUCGCGGUUUUUUCCUCUUCAACGACCUGCUUGUCCUCACAAGCAUUAAGAAACGAAGCGGCACUAUCCGCAAGCCCAACCCCACCAUCUGUCCCGGCACUGUGGCCUCCACUUUGGACACCAACAAGUACAAGUUUCUCACCAAGAUCUCGUUGGACUGCUUGGAGAUUGUCAAGGCCAAAGAUGAGAACAUUAAACGCAUUGUCAGUGAAAUUGAGACUCUGACCGAUGACUGCAACAAGCUGCAGCAAAUCGCCGAUAUCACUGUUUCGCUCAAGUACCCGCACCAGUAUCUGGAGGACGUCAUCCGGGAACUGCACCGAGAUGUCCAGCGACAGCUCUCCGAGCGCCAGACAAACGACACCCAGCUGAACAUGCUCGAGCUGACAGUCAGCUCUCCGAAUGGCAAUCAAAAGCUAACCGUGGUCUUCAGCAAGACGGACAAGCGCACUCAGUGGGAGGAGGCCUUCAACGAGGCCAAGCAGAAGCUGGCUGCCACACUGGAGAAGCAUCCCAUACCCGAGUUCCUCACCUCCAUACCUAUUCGCAAGACCAGGGCCGGACUGCAGUUCACCUGUGCUGCGGCCACGUUGAGUGAAAACCGGGAUGUGUGGGUGUGCAACAGCGACGGCUAUGUGGGCCAGGUGUGCAUCAUGUCGCUGCAUCCGGAGCCGAAUGUUACCAGUUGCAACGGUGUUUGCAACGCGCGUAUUCUGUGCGUGGCCUCUAUACCAGCUUACAGCUCGGCGGCAUCCAGCCGGAACAGCAGUGGCGAGCAACACGAGAAGCAUGAGGAGAAGGAAAAGCGAAAGGAAACGCAUCAGCCGCCGCAGCAGCAAAGCUACACACAGCAGUUGCGCGACUACCGGAAGAGCAUCUCUCCGAGCUUCCACAGCGCCUCCAAUUCGGCGACAGCGACGCCCGAGAAAAAGAAGACUCCCACUCCGACGCCAGUUUCCGGCGGAGACAACACCGAUGGUUCGUCGGCGGGCGCAGGCGGCAGUGAUACUCAGUUGGAACUUAAUCUCAGCUCCAGCGACGAUGAAACAGAAGCUGCCGCCGCCGCGGGAUCUCUUAACGUUGGCAGUGCAGGCACUGGUGUGGGGGGUUCCGGUGCCACUUUGGCGGACCGCGUGCCUAGUCCUGCGCCGUCCUAUCAUGGACACCAGGACUCAAAUCCCGAGGAGGGCGAGAGCAAUCAAUCAACUAUGUGGAUCGGCACUGAAGACGGCUGCAUCCACGUCUAUAAUAGCACUGACAAUAUUCGAAUUAAGAAGAACCGCAUCAAAAUCGAGCACCACUCCGCUGUUUAUUCCAUUUUGUACCUGGACAAUCGUGUGUUUGUGUCAUUAGCGAAUGGUGAUAUCUGUGUUUACCUUAGAGAUGGAGCCACCUCCUGGAAUACUUGCUCAUCCCAUUGCCUUUCCAUAGGCACCAUCACCAGUCCGGUGACCAAGCUGUUGAAUGUCAAUGGUCGCCUUUGGUGCUCCAUUCAGGGCAUCAUUAAAGUUCUGGAUGUAGAGACUCUGACGGUCAUAAACCAAAUACAGAUUUCAUCGGACUCGAAGCCGAUUACAAACAUGACAGUCUCGAACAAUCACGUCUGGAUUUCCAUACAGAAUUCAGCGCAUAUUAAAUGCUUCCAUUCCAAUACCCACCAACUGGUCACCGAAGUGAACCUUGCUCCCGCCGUUAACAAGAUGCUCUCCAACUGCGACGAGAUCAUCCGUCAGCACAAGGCCGCCUGUCUGAGGGUGACAUCGCUUUUGUGUUGCAAGGAUCUCAUUUGGAUCGGCACUAGUGCUGGCGUUUUACUGACAAUCCCGGCUCAGGGCUACGAGAAGGGUGCCAUCAACAUAGUGCCCACCGGCAUUCCCCACGGCCACACGGGACACGUGCGUUUCCUCACCUUUGUGGAGACCACUGGUCUGGAGGGAGUGGCUUCCGCAGCUGGAGGUCGGGAUGCAGGUGGUGCCACUAGCGAUGAGUACUCCAAACAAGGAUCAAUUAAACACUCCAAGUCCAAGUCGGAGACAAACAACACACUGAUCAUUUCUGGUGGUGAUGGCUACGAGGACUUCCGCAACUCCGGGGCCAACUCGCUGAGCGAGAUCGCCGGCCGCGAGGACAGCACCAAUCAUCUCCUGAUUUGGCAAAUUUGAAGCAGAAGGCGUAAAAAUCGCUGGAGGCUUUUGCUCUCACGCUGGAAGAACAACAACUGAGACUGCAACUAAGUCUCGGAAGGAGUUGCAACAGUGUCCUGUUGGGAGAGCAAAGUAAACAGCGGUUUUUAUGGGCCAAGGAUUGAAUCAAACAGAGAUCCCUCAAUGGGAUCUCCAGCAGCAGCUGCUAAGCUGGAAAUUAGUAGGACUAUAAGUAGGACAAAAAACUGAGAGGACUGAAUAACGGACAGGGUGGACGAUGUAUAUGUGAAUUCUUUGAUUGCUCGGCGCUAGCCCUUUUGGAUAUAUAUGUACAUGUAUAUUUAUGUAUUCAGCAUUUGAUGUAUUGUGCCACUAUCGCAUCCCCCAACUAGCCAUUGAACUAGUGCCAAAAAUAAACCAGAAAUUAACGACUCCUGCGCCAAAUUAAAA